AAGGUGAAUAUACCACUUAUAGUAUACCAAGGGAGUUCAGCAUUUUCAAAACCGAGCAAAGAUUGAGUUUUUUUUUUUUGGCAUGGAGAGGAUAUCAAUGGGAACAACCAUAACAAGGAGAGCGAAAUGGAAAUACCCGCCUGCGCAGCCAAUUCCGAGAAUCAUCCAUUUGCCACGCCGGCCUCGGAGGAAACCACCCAAGGCGAGUCCUUCGAAACUACCCGGUUCUCACAAGGAGAGAAAAGGGGUGAUGCUGGAGAGAUUGUUUGAUCAGGAACGGUCUUUUACGAGAGGGACUGUUCCGGUGAUGCCGAUGAGUUCGAGGGAGAGUGACGACGAGAGGAGAAGAAGGGGAGUGGUUGAAAAGGAUAACAGAGAAAAUAGCGGCGGCGUAGCCUUUGUUGAAGAAGAGAGAUGGAAGUUCCAAGCUGAGAUGUUGAGAGCGGAGUGUAACUUGUUGAGGAUGGAGAGAAAGAUCGCCGUUAAGAAAACGGAGAGAAGGAGAGUUCACAUGGAGAGGACUUUGAAAUACGCCGCUCAGAUUUUACUUUCCGGAAGAAAGAACAUUUGUGAAGGAAAGGACGUGAACAUGGUAUUACUGGAGGAGCAGAUCAAUGGAUUAGUGGAGAAUAUAGAGAAAAUGCAAAAGAGAUCACUUGUUAAAGACUUGGAGGUGAAAAAAUGCAGUAACUUUGAUAAAAGAGUUUCUUCUCUCCAGAAGCAGCUUGAGAAAUUCCGGCUUAAAGGAACAUCUGAUGAAGAACUAUGCCUGAAAGAGAUUCGAGAUAUGGCCGAAGCAAGCUUGUCGGUCAAAAUCUGCAGCGAAGGGGAUGAUCAUAACCGCAAUUUUCAGGAGAAAAUGCCCCAAGAGGCAAGUGUGUGUUCAGGGCAUUGCAAGGCCAUUGUGCAUAGGAUUGUAGAGCAAAUUCGUGCCGAGACCGAACAAUGGUCCCAGAUGCAGGACAUGCUGGGGAUGGUAAGGGACGAGAUGGAUGAAUUGCAUGCGUCUCGCGAUUUCUGGGAAGAUCGAGCAUUCGAUUCCGACUAUCAGAUUCAAUCCCUGCAAUCUGCUGUGAAAGAAUGGAGACAGAGAGCUCUCUCAUCCGAAGUGAAGGCGAAUGAGGUACAGACACAAAUAUAUGUCCUUCGUCAAGAGGUCGAGAGAUUGAUGAAGGAACGAGAUAGAAAAGUAGUUCGAGCUCAAAUUGCUUCACCGAUCUAUCAAGAAACAAACACUGAAACAGAGAAGAGGGUACUCGCUUGUCGCUUAAUGGAAGACGAUCCCAGUCCAAAGGAUCUCGUAAGAGACAGAAGACGGAAGUCCCAAACAUGCACAGCCGGACUUCUCCCGAUCAGACGUUCACCCCUCAGAGAAAUCGGUAACAUUUCAACCUUGAAGAAAAAACAGCAGCAGCAGCAGCAGCAGCAGCAACCCCUGGAGCAAGGUGAAGGAACCUUGCCAUUGUUUAGCCUUCAUAAAGAGGAAAUGAAACGCUCAUUGUAGACCAACUCAAUCAAUAUCUAUGAUCCUAUAUAUCAAACAAUUGGUUCACAAUUAUGUAACGUUCACAGUUCGUGAGUCGAACAU